CCCAACGUCCCCUUUGGUUUCCCCUCAUUUUUCGCUGUUUUGGGGUCCUCCUAGAGAUUGAGCUCGGUCAAUCUAUUGCUUUGUCAAGUGUUUCCCUUGUUCGCCCAAAUUCCCGACAAGAUGACCGCUGAAGCCACAUCGGUUCCUGCCACAGAGCAGAAGGUGAAGCCUACCAAGCCCAAUGAGGAGGCGUUCAAGGCCGAUCUCGCGCAGGCUGAAAAGGAGCAUGCCGCGGUUCAGGAGAAAUUGAACCAAGUCAAGGCCAAGAUCGAGACCGCCAAGCCCAACAACCAGGACUCCCCCGCCGCGAAAAAACAGCAGGAACUCCGUGCUGAACUCUCCUCCAUCCGUCAGAAGCAGCAGGGAUUCAAGGCUUCCCGGACUAGCACCCAGGAAAAGAUCAAUGCCCUGGACAGCACGCUUAAGGCUCGCAUUGCGGAGCAGAACAACUCCAAGACCCGCAUGUCGUUCAAGAGCAUCGAGGAGGUUGACCGUGAAAUCGCGCGCCUUGAGAAGCAGGUUGACUCCGGUACUAUGCGCCUGGUGGAUGAGAAGAAGGCCCUCGCCGAUGUCUCUAACCUGCGCAAGCAGCGGAAGAACUUCGCCGGUCUGGAGGAAGCCCAGAAGGUCAUCAACGACCUCAAGGCCCAGAUCGCCACCCUCAAGAAGUCCCUCGACAACCCCGAGGCCAAGGCUCUGAGCGACAAGUAUACCGAGAUCCAGAAGGAGUUAGACGCCAUCAAGGCCGAGCAGGACAGCGCUUUCAAGAACCUUAACGCCCUGCGUGACGAGCGCACCAAGCUCCACGGUGAGCAGCAGCAGAAGUGGACUGCGAUCCGUCAGGUCAAGGACAACUAUUAUAAGGCCCGCAAGGCCUACAAGGAAUACGAGGAUGAGGCCUGGAGAAUCCGUCGGGAGAAGCAGAAGGCUCAGCGCGAUGCUUUCGAGCGCGAGAAGAAGAAGAAGAUCGCCGACAAGAAGCUCGAGGAGGCUUCGCGCCUGGCUUACACUGAUGAGAUCCUUACCGCUCAGGGCCUUAUCCGCCACUUCAACCCGUCGUACGACUUCGCUGCCCUGGGUUUGGACGACAAGAAGGAGGAGUCCGCCCAGUUCCGCGCUGGCGUUGGCCGUACUAUUGAUGACUCUGGCAUGAAGGGCAUGAAGGUUCUGAAGAAGGAGGAGGAUGACUAUUUCGUUGGCACUAGCGGCAAAAAGGGCAAGAAGGGUAAGAAGAGCAACGCCAACGGCAGCCCUGCCCCCGCCGAGAAGUUCAACCUCAAUGUUGGUAUCAUCGAGGACUUCGCCAAGGUCAAGAUCGAUCCUCCCAUGAACCAGAGCGAUGUCCCCGCCGUUGUCGAGAAGCUUGCCGCUAAGAUCUCGGAGUGGAAAAAGAACCAGGCUUCGAAGACUGAGGAGAACAUCAAGAAGGCCCAGGAGGAGAUUGUCCGCUUGGACGAGGAGGCUGCUCAUGCUGAGGACCGCGCGACUGACGCUGCGAAGAAGCCCGCCAUUACCAACAGCGGUGUUAACGGCAAGGUCUCAGCCGAGGCUGAGCUGAAGCAGGAGAAGGACGCUGCCGCCGAUGUGUCCGAUGAGCUCCAGAAGGCCUCGCUCGAGGAGAAGGCCUAAAUGAAUCUCCACGUAUAGAGAUUUAUGCAACUUUCUUUGCAUAUUCUUGCAUCAGCCAAUUGACGCUUUAGACCUGAGCGGAAAUUUAGCAUUCAUAUUUCCUUGUCUUUUUUUUUUUUUCUUUUCUUUUUUGGUUAGUUCUGUGCAUCUUAUCCGACAACUCUUUCCUCUAUUGCAGAUCCUCCGUUUUGCUUUACUCUGAUCGGAGGGGGGUGUUUGCUCUCCUUUGCGAGACCGUCGGUAUUCCUUUCUUGUAAUCCACUUUGACUACAAUUUUUGACUUCUCGCCUUGUCUUGUACCUUGCUAUGGCAAGGCUUAUUCCUUCUCCCCUCCUACCCAAUCCUCUACCCUUAAAAAGUCUGCAGAGAAAGAUGAUGAGAUUUAGCGUUGAUUUCAGAGCUUGUGAGUAACGAUAUGAGCGAUUGGGGACGCAGUUGCGGGUUUUUGCUAUAUGAUCUGAAUCUACCAUAUUCCGUUCACUUCUCCCGUAUAUUAGAAAAAGUAUUGCUACC